AUGAGCGCGGAGGCGGGCGAGGGCAUCACCUUCUCCGUGCCGCCCUUAGCGCACUCGGGCCUCUGCGCCCUCGCCGAGAGCGGCGGCUGCUGCGGGGGAGCGGCGGCGGCGGCCGAGGGCGAAGGGGACCAGCUGCCCCCGCCGCCCGCGGGCAGCUUCUGGAACGUGGAGAGCGCCGCCGCCGCCCCGGGCCCCGGGUGUCCCGCCGCCGCCGCCGCCGCGGGGAGCAGCGCCGUCCGUUGCCGGGGCAACUCCGGCGGCGGGGGAGGCGGCCGGCGGACCACGGUGGCCUAUGUGAUCAACGAGGAGAGCCAGGGGCAGCAGGUGGGGUCCGAGGCCGAGGCCCUGCAGAGCCUGCGGGAGGCGUGCGAGACGGUGGGCGCCACGCUGGAGACUCUGCAUUUCGGGAAACUGGACUUUGGGGAGACCUCGGUGCUGGACCGCUUUUACAAUGCAGAUAUUGCUGUGGUGGAGAUGAGUGAUGCCUUCCGGCAGCCGUCCUUGUUUUACCACCUUGGAGUGAGAGAAAGUUUCAGCAUGGCCAACAACAUCAUCCUCUACUGCGAUGCAAACUCAAACUCCCUGCAGUCACUGAAGGAAAUCAUUUGCCAGAAGAAUACUAUGUGCACUGGGAAUUACACCUUCGUCCCCUACAUGGUGACUCCACACAACAAGGUCUACUGCUGUGACUGCAGCUUCAUGAAGGGGCUGUCAGAGCUCAUGCAGUCCAACUUCGAGCUGCUUCUGGGACCCAUCUGCUUACCUCUUGUGGAUCGUUUCAUUCAACUUCUGAACGUGGCACAAGCUGGCUCCAGCCAGUAUUUCCGGGAAUCUAUACUCAAUGAUAUCAGGAAAGCUCGUAAUUUAUACACUGGUAAAGAACUGGCAGCUGAAUUGGCAAGAAUUCGGCAGCGAUUAGAUAAUAUUGAAGUCUUGACAGCAGAUAUUGUCAUAAAUCUGUUACUUUCCUACAGAGAUAUACAGGAAUAUGAUUCUAUUGUGAAGCUGGUAGAGACUUUAGAAAAGCUGCCAACCUUUGAUUUGGCCUCCCAUCAUCAUGUGAAGUUUCAUUAUGCAUUUGCACUGAAUAGGAGAAAUCUCCCUGGAGAUAGAGCAAAAGCUCUUGAUAUUAUGAUUCCCCUGGUGCAAGGUGAAGGGCAAGUAGCUUCAGACUUGUAUUGCCUAGUUGGGCGAAUCUACAAAGACAUAUUUUUGGACUCGAAUUUCAUGGACACUGAGAGUAGAGACAAUGGAGCUUUUUGGUUCAAAAAGGCAUUUGAAAGUGAGCCUACACUACAGUCAGGAAUUAAUUAUGCAGUUCUUCUUCUGGCAGCUGGACACCAGUUUGAAUCUUCCUUUGAGCUCCGGAAAGUUGGGGUGAAGCUUAGCAGCCUUCUUGGUAAAAAGGGAAACUUGGAAAAACUCCAGAGCUACUGGGAAGUUGGAUUUUUUCUGGGGGCCAGUGUCCUGGCCAAUGACCACUUGAGAGUCAUUCAAGCAUCUGAAAAGCUUUUUAAACUGAAGACACCCGCAUGGUACCUCAAGUCUAUUGUAGAGACAAUUUUGAUAUAUAAACAUUUUGUGAAAUUGACUACAGAGCAGCCUGUGGCUAUACAGGAACGUGUGGACUUCUGGAUGGACUUCCUGGUCGAAGCCACAAAGACAGAUGUUACUGUAGUUAGGUUUCCAGUAUUAAUAUUAGAACCAACCAAAAUCUAUCAGCCUUCAUAUUUGUCUAUCAACAAUGAAGUUGAGGAAAAGACAAUAUCUAUUUGGCAUGUGCUUCCUGAUGACGAGAACGGUAUACAUGAGUGGAACUUCAGUGCUUCUUCCAUUAGGGGAGUGAGUAUUUCUAAGUUUGAAGAACGAUGCUGUUUUCUUUAUGUGCUUCACAAUUCUGAUGAUUUCCAAAUCUAUUUCUGUACCGAACUUCAUUGUAAAAGGUUUUUUGAAAUGGUGAACACCAUUACCGAAGAGAAGGGGAGAGGCGUGGAGGAAGGAGACUGUGAAGGUGACUCCCUGGAGUAUGACUAUGAAUAUGACGAAAAUGGUGACAGAGUCGUUUUAGGAAAAGGCACGUAUGGAAUAGUCUACGCAGGUCGAGACCUGAGCAACCAAGUCAGGAUCGCCAUUAAGGAAAUCCCAGAGAGAGAUAGCAGAUACUCCCAGCCCCUGCAUGAAGAAAUAGCAUUGCAUAAGCAUCUAAAGCACAAGAAUAUUGUCCAGUAUCUGGGUUCUUUCAGUGAGAAUGGUUUCAUUAAAAUCUUCAUGGAGCAGGUUCCAGGAGGAAGUCUUUCGGCUCUCCUUCGUUCAAAAUGGGGCCCCUUGAAAGACAAUGAGCAGACAAUUGGAUUUUAUACAAAGCAAAUACUGGAAGGAUUAAAAUACCUCCAUGACAAUCAGAUAGUUCACCGGGAUAUAAAGGGUGACAAUGUGUUGAUUAACACCUACAGUGGUGUUCUCAAGAUCUCCGACUUCGGGACAUCAAAGAGGCUUGCUGGCAUAAACCCAAGCACCGAAACGUUUACUGGUACCCUUCAGUACAUGGCACCAGAAAUCAUAGACAAAGGACCCAGAGGCUAUGGGAAGGCAGCAGACAUUUGGUCCUUGGGUUGCACCAUCAUCGAAAUGGCCACAGGGAAGCCGCCCUUUUAUGAACUGGGAGAACCACAAGCAGCGAUGUUCAAGGUGGGAAUGUUUAAAGUCCACCCGGAGAUCCCGGAGUCCAUGUCAGCAGAGGCCAAGGCAUUCAUCCUGAAGUGUUUUGAACCAGACCCUGACAAGAGAGCCUGUGCUAAUGACUUGCUUGUUGAUGAGUUCUUAAAAGUUUCAAGCAAGAAGAAAAAGACACAACCUAAGCUUUCAGCUCUUUCUCCUGGAUCAAAUGAAUACCUUAGGAGCAUAUCCUUGCCGGUCCCUGUCCUGGUGGAGGACACCAGCAGCAGCAGUGAGUACGGCUCCGUUUCUCCCGACACGGAGCUGAAGGUGGACCCCUUCUCUUUCAAAACAAGAGCCAAGUCCUGCGGAGAAAAGGAAGUGAAAGGAAUGCGGACCCUCUUUUUGAGCAUUCCAGAUGAGAACUUUGAAGAUCACAGUGCUCCCCCUUCUCCCGAGGAGAAGGACUCCGGGUUCUUCAUGCUGAGGAAGGACAGCGAGCGGCGGGCCACCCUCUACAGGAUCCUGAAGGAAGACCAGGACAAAGUUGUGAGAAACUUAAUGGAGUCUUUGGCUCAGGGGCCCGAAGAACCUAAGCUGAAGUGGGAGCACAUCACAACCCUCAUCACAAGCCUCAGAGAAUUUGUGAGAUCCACCGACCGAAAAAUCAUAGCCACCACUCUGUCCAAGCUGAAGUUGGAGCUGGACUUCGACAGCCACGGCAUCAGUCAGGUCCAGGUGGUGCUCUUCAGCUUCCAGGAUGCUGUGAAUAAAGUUCUUCGGAAUCAUAACAUCAAGCCACACUGGAUGUUUGCCUUAGACAGUAUCAUCCGGAAGGCAGUGCAGACGGCCAUUACCAUUCUGGUUCCAGAACUGAGGCCACAUUUUAGCCUUGCGUCUGAGAGUGAUACAGCAGAUCAGGAAGACUUGGAUGCAGAAGAUGACCAUGAGGAGCAGCCUCCGAAUCGAAUUGUCCGAAGACCUCAUGCCAUCCUUGAAGAUGCUGUGGCUACCUCAGGGGUGAGCACGCUCAGUUCUACUGUAUCCCACAAUUCCCAGAAUGCUCACCGGUCACUGAAUGUACAGCUUGGAAGAAUGAAGAUAGAAACUAACAGAUUACUGGAAGCAUUGGUUCAGAAAGAGAAAGAAUUACAAGCACUCCUUCAUUAUGCUAUUGAAGAAAAGGACCAAGAAAUUAAACACCUGAAGCUUAAGUCCCAGCCAAUCGAUAUUCCUGGAUCACCUGCACAUCGCUCAACUGCUGGCAGAAAUACUGAAGAUUCUAAACUCACUGACUGGCUGAGAGAAAAUGGAGCUGAUGAAGACACUAUAAGUCAGUUUUUGGCUGAGGAUUACUCACUGGUGGAUGUUCUCUACUAUGUUACACGUGAUGACUUAAAAUGCCUGAAACUAAGGGGAGGGAUGCUCUGCACAUUGUGGAAGGCCAUCACUGACUUUCGGAACCAGCAGAGAGACAAACAGACUUGA